UUAACUCUGGAUACCUUGAAUUGUGACUUCUCUUGAAGCUUCUCGCACGCCAUCUAAUCUAAUUCUUUCCUUCUUCCUUUCUCAUCGCUGCUUUGUCUUCCCCCCACCCCCUCCCUAUCGCACCAGAGAAAUGGUCCUUCGUGUUGAAGAAGGCGAUGUUGCCGUCACCCGCUUCGUUAUCGCCCUGAUAUGUGUUCUUCAUCUGCAAGGUUUUCAAUUUAAGAACCCUAAAAAGGUACAUAGUUAUCCUUCUCCACAGUUUCUGUUCGUAUCCUCCGGAUGAAAACAAACGAUCUGAACUGGUGAGAAACGACAUCGGUUCACCACUUCAAACCGGAGGUCGUGCGUCGCAGGCGGAGGCUAGGAUAGGAGGCGGCAUGCGUUUUCAGAAACGUCUGUCUUCUAUUCUACUCUAUAGAAGCCACCAUCUCCACCCUUCUAAUUCGUUCACUGUGGUCGAUUCGAUUUCCAUCCAAAGAAAUAUCGACCAAGACGUCGCCUCUAGGACAAAAAUGACAGAAGGCAGGAGAGUCAACGGCUUUGGCGAUGUGGACGGCGACAGUGUGCCGAGGUCGGCUUGUCGAUUCCUCGGUAAGCAAGUUUUGAUUUCAGAUUUUUAACUAACCUACAGUUCGAUUUUGAGUAGAUUUAUGUCUUAUAUGAGAGAGAAGGAGAUGUAAGAGUAAAUUCAGAUGCAAAGACACGAUGUGGAAGGGAUAGGUAAGGAAAAUGGGAUGAAAUAGAAACGUUCCAGCUAUAAGCUUUUUCUUCCGCCUCCGGUUUUUUGAUCUUGAAUCACGUCCUUACACAAAGAAAUUGUCUCUUCAGGUGGAGUUUGGAAGAUUGCACUUCAAUUGUUCGAUGAAAGUACUCAAACAGCCACCCACUCAUAUGGAUGCCACCACCCGGAAGAGUUGGCGGUGUUGUGCAGUGGAGGUCAGCAGGAAGUCACUUUAUGAAAUAAUCAAUAAACCCACUGAUGGAGGUGUAACUCCUCUUCAUAUGGCUGCACUAAAUGGACACGUUCACUGUUUGCAUUUACUACUUGACUUAGGGACUUCAGUGAAUGAAGUCACUGUGGAAGAUGGAACUACAAUUAACUUAAUUGGUGCUGGAAAUACGCCUUUACAUUAUGCUGCAUACGGUGGAAAUCCAUAAUGUUGUCAACUAUGUUCAUUUUGUUAUUACAUUUUAGUUAGAUGUGUUUUUUUCUUGAUGUUUUUAGCUGAUAUAUUGUUAUGUUUUUGUUAUGUUCUAGAUUUUGAUAGAUAGGGGUGCGAGUUUAAGCUACUUUUUCUUUAUAUUUUUUUGCUGAACACAUACAUAUCAAUUUUUUAAUAUUAAGAAAUUUCUAGAAUGACUUUUUGGUGGCUAGAUAUGGAAUAUGAGAUGUACUCCUAACUUUUAUUGAAAAUGUGUUGCAGGGAUUGGAUUCUAACAGUAAUCAUUUUUUGUUGAUAAGUUUUUGUAAGUAUUUAGUUUUGCAAAAUGGCAAAAAAGUAAAUUUGCAAUGUAUAUCAUAGUCCUUUUCAGAAAAUUGAUUCGAUUUCAGCCGUGGAGGUUGGAAAGAAGCUUUUGUGCAUUAAGUAAUCAAUUUCUGCUUACAUUUCUAUUCAUCCGAGUGAUGGCAAAUUACACAGAAUAGCAACAUACUUUAAUUUGGAUACGAAUUUAUGCAAUGUACUUCCUUAUUUGUCUCAGA